AUGUAUAAGAAGUCUCAUCUGAAGAAUCAUAAAGGACCCAAAAGACACUGCUGUGAUGAUUGCAAGCAAGUCUUCACCACUUCAGCAAACCUGAAGAGGCAUCAGAAAACUCACACUGGUGAUAAACCGUACAGAUGUGAAGAGUGUGGGUCGGCUUUUAACAGAUCAAGUAAUCUAAGAGUCCACCAACGUAUUCACACUGGAGAAAAGCCUUACAAAUGUUAUCAGUGUGGAGAGGCUUUUAGCACAUCAAGUAAUCUAAGAGUCCACCAACGUAUUCACACUGGAGACAAGCCUUACAGAUGUGAUCAGUGUGGAGCGGCUUUUAGCACAUCAAGUGAUCUUAAGAAACACCAGCUUAUUCACUCUGGGGAAAAGCCUUACAAAUGUUAUCAAUGUGGAGUGGCUUUUACCCAACAAGUUAACCUAAAGCAACACCAACUUAUUCACACUGGAGACAAGCCUUACCCAUGCGAUCAGUGUGGAGUACGUUUUGCCCACCCAAGUUCUCUAACGAGUCACCAACGUAUUCACACUGGAGAAAAGCCUUACAGAUGUGAUCAGUGUGGAGUACGUUUUGCCCACCCAAGUUCUCUAACGAGUCACCAACGUAUUCACACUGGAGAAAAGCCUUACAGAUGUGAUCAGUGUGGAGCGGCUUUUGCCCAGCAAAGUUCUCUAAAGAAACACCAACGUAUCCACACUGGAGAAAAGCCUUACCCAUGUGAGCACUGUGGAGCGGCUUUUACCACAUCAAGUUCUCUUACGAGACACCAACGUAUUCACACUAAAUAAAGUGUACAUUUCUUAUCAGUGCUGAUAUCAUUUAGUUUCAGUUCAAAUGCACCAAUUGAGUUUAGUUGAUUUAGUUUGAAAGAAGUUUGUGUUUGUGUUUAGUUAGUUGUUGUUUACGUGUAGUUUAGGCAUAGGAAUUUAUCCCAAGUUUUGUUUCACGUUCUUUUAAGACCUUUGUAAAUACAUUUGGAUUAAUUUGAAU